AUGAAAUAACCAUUGAUGACAUAAGAGAGUUAGGUGUAUAGCCAUUCAAGAUUCUCAUUAGAUUCAAAGUAAUUGAUGUCUCUUAUUUUCUAGCCUACUGCUGAAUUGUUGUACAAGUCCAAGUAUAGAAUUAAAGUUUAGGAUGGCCCUAGUGUGGAUUUCAUUCUCAGAGGCACUGGCAAAGAUUUGAUCAAAAGAAAAGUAUGA